AUGGCGACACAUAAAUAUUUGACAAUUGAUCCAUUGGGUGAAUCGACAUCUACUCGUUGUUAUAAAAUCCGUGAGAAGAUAUUUUCGUUGCGUAAAAGUAACAAGAUUAAAGACGAAUUAGAUCAACCUGUUUUCAAUGUUCGAUCAAAAUUAGCAUUUGCUGAUAAUCUUCUUAUUGAAGAUAUUGCUGGAAAUGGUUUGAUAAAGAUUAAGGAAGAAUUGCUUCAUCUGCAUACAACAUACAAAAUAUUGUCGGCACGUGAUGGUGAAGUUGGUCGCAAAUUAGCAGUGGUCAAGCAGAAAUUUGCGUUACAUGAGAAAUGGUCAAUAAAUUCAGUCUAUGGGGAAUAUAAAUUAGAAGCACUAGAUUUGGUGGGUCACUCGCUCACAUUGACAAAAGAAGGACGGGCAGUAGCUGUUAUCAAGAGGAAAUAUUUCACUACGGCCGACUAUUAUAGAAUAGAAAUCGAUGCUGCUGAAGAUCAGCCAUUUAUUAUAGCCUUGAUAACUAUUACGAAUCAAGCACUCUACUCUUUUAAAGUUCCUAUUUUUUAUGUUCCUACUUGAAGACAAUUUAACUCACAUUGGAUUUAAUGUAAAGUCCACAAAAAACUAAAAGUAAACAAGAAAAUAUAGCUGCUCUGAUUUGUCUUGAUGUUUUUUUUUGUGUCUAAUGAUAAUUAAAUAGACGUGAGUCAGGAUCUUAUCCUUUCUCAUUUUGUGAUCAAAAUGAAUAUAUUUACUGAAUUAAUACAUUUUGUAUUAACUUACUUUUGUGAAAUACAUAUCAACUAUCGAAUAAAAGGACAGAAAAAUGACCAGAAUAGGGUGUGGGUGUGGGUGGAGUGUGGGUGUGGGGUGGGGUGGAGCAGUCAUCCUAUUCCGCGAUGUUCAACAUCGUGCAAUCGAUUCCGCGCCCGGAAUUGAAUCCGACGAUUCCGGAACUGCAUCCAACCACAACUUCAAUCGAUUCCCACAAUUCCGGAACCACAUGCUCCCAAAUCCGGAUCCGGAAUUGCAAGCCACGAUUCUGGAUCCAGAAUCCUUAAGUAGCAUCCCUUCUUGCCCUCACCCACACAUUCGCUAUAGUCCUGAGAACAAGCGAGCGAUUCCGCAGAGGAAUUCCCGGAAUUGAAUUGACACGGAAUCAGUAGGAAUUCCGGAAUUGGAAGAAGCGACUCCGGAUCCAGAAUUGCAGGCCACGAUUCCGAAUUCGGAAUCCCUAACUAGCAUUCCUUCCUGCCUUCACCCACACAUUCGCUAUUGUCCUUAGAACAAACGAGCGAUUCCGCAGAGGAAUUCCCGGAAUUGAAUUCACACGAGGAAUUCCGGAAUUCGAAGAAGCGACUCCGGAUCCGAAAUUGCAAGCCAAGAUUCCGGAUCCGGAAUCGUAGCUUGCAAUUCCGGAUCUGGAGUCGCUUCUUCCAAUUCAGGAAUUCCGCGGAAUUCCUACUGAUUCCGUGUCAAUUCAAUUCCGGGAAUUCCUCUGCGGAAUCGCUCGCUUAUUCUAAGGACAAUAGCCAAUGUGUGGGUGAGGGCAAGAAGGGAUGCUACUUAAGGAUUCCGGAUCCGGAAUCGUAGCUUGCAAUUCCGGAUCCGGAGUGGCUUCUUCCAAUUCAGGAAUUCCUACUGAUUCCGUGUCAAUUCAAUUCCGGGAAUUCCUCUGCGGAAUCACUCGCUUGUUCUAAGGGCAAUAGCGAAUGUGUGGGUGAGGGCAGGAAAGAAUGCUAGUUAGGGAUUCGGAAUCCGGAAUCGUGGCUUGCAAUUCCGGAUCCGGAGUCGCUUCUUCCAAUUCCGGAAUUCCGCGGAAUUCCGUGGAAUUCCUACUGAUUCCGUGUCAAUUCAAUUUCGGAAAUUCCUCUGCGGAAUCGCUCGCUUAUUCUAAGGACAAUAGCCAAUGUGUGGGUGAGGGCAAGAAGGAAUGCUAGUUAGGGAUUCCGGUUGCGGAAUCGUUGCUUGCAAUUCCGGAUCCGGAGUCGCUUCUUCCAAUUCAGGAAUUCCGUGGAAUUCCUACUGAUUCCGUAUCAAUUCAAUUCCGGAAAUUCCUCAGCGGAAUCGCUUGCUUGUUCUAAGCACAAUAGCCAAUGUUGAGGGUGAGGGCUAGAAGAAAUGCCAGUGAGCAAUUCCGGAAUCUAGCCGGGUAAUUCCGGAAUCAGUCCGAUUAAUUCCGGAAUUGAUGCGAGAAAUUCCGGAAUUGAUUGUAAGUGGGGUUGAUCCGGUUCCGGAAUCGGUGGAAUUAAUUCCGGGGGCGGAAUCGAUCCCGCAAUGUUUAACAUCGCGGAAUAGGAUGUAUUCUCGUGGGGUGUGGGUGUGUAUAGGAUUUAUUUAAUAGCACAAGCUACUUACGACUAGGGAUGUGCAGUUUCAGUAUACUGAUCACCGAUAAAGUCACACUGGCGUUCACUGGUACACUGAUGACACUGACACUGGUGUUCACUGAAUCAGUGCAUACGCUGACACUGGCGUUCACUGAAUCAGUACAUACACUGACACUGGCGUUCACUGAAUCAGUACAUACACUGACACUGAUGUUCACUGAGUCAGUACAUACACUGACACUGAUGUUCACUGAAUCAGUACAUACACUGACACUGGUGUUCACUGAAUCAGUGCAUACACUGACACUGACUGCACUUAUUGCACUGACGCACACUGGAACACUGACGUACUGAUACUGAUUUCCAUUGACUAGGAUUUAUACACAGAAGACGACGACAUAUUCCGCUUGUAAUAUGUAGAUUAACAAAAAGUUUUCAUCGAAUGGAAGCAUAUCUGCUUAGCAGUUCGGUUUCUUGAUUGAGAUAAGCUACAUACACUUUUAGGUACAUACACUUUUUUCACCAUUGCAUAAAAAGCUGUUAGCGCAACCCCUUGCGGGAUUAAAAAUGUGAAACACGAUGUAGCUACUGCUUCCAAUGUUCUAAAAACAGUUGUUUUCUAUGCAUAUUGGCGUACAUUUCUUGAUCAUGCCUAACUUUACAUUACAGAGCUUGAACAGGAUAAUACUACAUAUAUGCUCCAAUCAUAUAUUAGCUAUGCAUUAUCUCUGAUAUUUCCUUGAAGUCUUCUAUCACAGUCUAUGAUGACUCCUGAAGGCCAUCUGUUAGAGUCUAUGAUAGGUUCAAAGCCCUGUCAAUCACGGUCUGUGAUGGCUCCUAAAGGCCAUCUGUUAGAGCCUAUGAUAGGUUCAAAGCCCUGUCAAUCACGGUCUGUGAUGGGUUCAAAGCCCUGUCAAUCACGAUAUGUGAUGGGUUCAAAGCCCUGUCUGUCACGGUCUGUGAUGGUUUCAAAGCCCUGUCUGUCACGGUCUGUGAUGGGUCCAAAGCCCUGUCUGUCACGGUCUGUGAUGGGUCCAGAGCCCUGUCUGUCACGGUCUGUGAUGGGUUCAAAGCCCUGUCUGUCAUGGUCUGUGAUGGGUUCAAAGCCCUGUCUGUCACGGCCUGUGAUGGGUCCAGAGCCCUGUCUGUCACGGUCUGUGAUGGGUUCAAAACCCUGUCUGUCAUGGUCUGUGAUGGGUUCAAAGCCCUGUCUGUCACGGUCUGUGAUGGGUCCAGAGCC